ACAUGUGUCGCUGUUUUGAUUUUUUUCGUCUCGCGUCGAUGACGUCACCACCGGCGCCUUCACGCACUGACUGUUGUGUUCCGAGCUGAGGUACACAGUUCACGGAGCUUUGUAUGUUUUACACAAUGGAUAAAAGUCACAGUUUCUGAAAGCAAGGUUGCAACAUUUUACGCAGCUAUUUCUAUAUUGUUUUCAUUGUCGUUGCUGUUCGUCAUUUCAAGCUCAGCUGACUGAAACGGACAUUUAACAAAACACAUAACGACAUAAAAAGUGAAGAAAAGUUUGUUAAAAGGACACCGGCAACAUGGAUGGGCCAGAAUCCUGCAGAAUAAAACAUGAAGAUGCUGAAGAACUAAUAGACCUGAUGGAGGAGAACAGGGAGACUGAAGAACUGCUUGAAGCAGUAGAGAAACGUCAUGACACACAUGGAGAAAAAUACACGAGUCCCUCUUUCCAAAACAGACCUGAAGUACACUUCCCAUGCCCUCAGUGUGGAAAGAGUUUCUCAUGUGAACAAAGUCUCAAUUUUCACAUGAAGUUUCAUCGGGGAACAAAACCGUACGCGUGUGAUCAAUGCGAUAAGAUAUUCACACUAAAAACAAACCUUAAUGAACACAUGAAAAUCCACACUGCAGAGAUGCUGUACACAUGUGAUCAGUGCGGGAAGAGUUUUCUUCUUAAAGAACGCCUUAAUAAACACUUGAAAAUACACACUGGAGAAAAGCCGUUCACGUGCGAUCAGUGUGGGAAGAAUUUCCUUCAUAAAGGUUACCUUACCGAGCACAUAAAAAUCCACACUGGAGAGAAACCACACACGUGUGAUCAGUGCGGGAAAAGAUUUGCAUAUAAGGGAAACCUUACAGAUCACAUGAAAGUCCACACUGGAGAGCGGCCUUAUGCAUGCGAUCAGUGUGCGAAGAGAUUCAAACAUAAAGGAAAUCUCAUCGAACAUGUGAAGAUUCACACAGGAGAGAGGCCGUACUCCUGUGAUCAGUGCGGGAAGAAAUUUAAACUCAAGCACAUCCUCAGUGAUCACAUGAGAAUCCACACCGGAGAGAAACCCUUUACUUGUGAUAAAUGUGGGAGAAGUUACACACGAAAGCGGAAUCUUUCCGAUCAUAUGAAAAGCCACACUGGUGUAAAGCUGCACACUUGUGAUCAGUGUGGGAAGAGUUUUGUGAAGACAGGUGUUUUUAAAGUACAUCUGCGUACCCAUUCGAGAGAAAGACCGUUUAACUGUGACCAAUGCGGUAAAGAUUUUCUUAGGGCAGAUGCGCUAAAGGAUCACCUCAAAGUUCAUACACAGGAGAGGCCGUAUGUGUGCUCUUUAUGUGGGAAGGGUUUUAGACAGAUGGGCACUUUAAAAGUACACCAGAAAAGACACAGCGGUAUAAAGGAUCAUAUUUGCUCUGAGUGUGGAAAGACUUUCUUUAGAGACUCUGAACUGAAAGUGCACCAGUCAGUUCACACCGGAGAGAAACCUUUUAAGUGUUCGCACUGUGACAAGACAUUCAAACGGGCUGAGUAUAUGAAAAUGCAUGAGAGGAUUCACACUGGAGAAAAGAGAUACAACUGCGAUAUAUGUGGGAAGAGGUUCACGCAAUUAUCAACUCUCUACAGUCAUACAAAAAACGUCUGCCUGAAAUCACAAUCUGCUCCCACAGCAGAGCAGUGAAGCUCCACAGUUCUCCACCUUCACUGAAGCUCCUUCCACAGCAGUUCACCAAUAACUGCUGCAAUAUUCCCGUCAGCCUACAAGUAAAGCGGUAGUUCAUGAAAGAUCAUUAAUAACAUGAGUCUGGAGUAUGAAACAUGAAGGUAACAAAGAGCUUUCAUUUUAGAGCUGGUGGAGGAGUUUGAGAGGAGAGAGAAGCAUUGAGGAAUAUGGAGGAGACAAUCAUCACGUCAAAAGAAAAAUCUUCAAGCUGCUCUCAGAUUGAAAGUACAUUUUUUUAACUGAAAGUAGCAAAAACACAAUCCCCUACAUCUGUGUGGCUAGUCUUCGGUGUUCAGCAGCAGGUUUUUUUCUGGAUUAUAAACUCAUCCAUCCAUGGUCACUGGAAAGUUGAGUACACUAUGAAAACACCUGAGCCCUUUAAAGGAAAUGUUUGUGCCUUCACAACCAUGCCUUGUAUUUUCUGACAACGGCAAAAACAAGUAGAAAGAGUAUGAAGCUGUUUUCUAUUUAUUUAUUUAUUUAUUUUAUUUUUUAAUUUUUUGCAUUCCACCUGGCUGCCUUUCUGUUUUUUCCAUUGAACUUUUA